AUGCUGAGGUCCAAACUUCCAUCGCCGCCUGUCGCCAUAGAGUCCCAAUCACCCACUCUGGCCCUCAGGCUUCCAUGCGGUGGUGCUGACACGCUAAGUGCGGCCUCCGCCACCGCCGCCGCCGCCGCCGCCGCCGCCCCGUUCCGCCGCUGCAUACUGAGGGGUCCCCGAAACGCCACGACCACCUGCAACACCGGAGUAGUGGUUGCCGGGGUGGCGCCGUCGCAGUCACCGCUGCCGGCAUCCGCAUGUGGCGCCGCAGCCGCAGAUACUACUAGGCCUGGGACCCGGCGGCCGUGGAGCCGACGGGCAGUGACUGUACGACCGGUCGCAGCGGUGGCGUAUAAUGGUGAUACUGCCGACAAAUACGCUGGCGGGAAUGGCGGCGGCAGCAGUGUCCCGUCGGGGGGUGCUGAGGGUCGGCGUGUGGUCAUUGUCGGCGGCGGCUGGGCAGGUUUCGGAGCCGCCAAGCACCUAUCGGAGCAGGGCUAUGACGUCACCCUGCUGGAGGCCAGUCCCAACCCGGGAGGUCUGUCCAGCGGAUGGAGGACAGCCAGCGGGAGAGCGGUGGAAGCGGGCAUGAAGGGAUUCUGGUACCAGGCAAGUUACCGCAACACGUUCAAGCUGCUAGAGGAGCUGCAGCUGCCCUCCUGGCCCCUGACCGACUUCACUACCUCGGGGUUCUGGAACCCCCGCGGACUGGUGACAGAGGCCCCCGUCUUCAGCAAGCUGCCGCGGCUGCCCACACUCGUGGGUCAGUUCGUACACACCUUUCCGCUGUACUGGGCCCUCCCAUUGGAGGACCGUCUGACAAUGCUGCCCUUCCUCGCAACGCUGGCGGAUUACGUGUCCAGUGAGGAGCGGUACGAACAGUACGACAAGAUGAGCGCAUAUGAGCUGUUCCGUCGUUGUGGUGUCAGCAGCCGCUGCUACAACGAAUUUCUGAGACCCACUUUGUUGGUCGGUUUGUUCGCACCACCUGAGGAUCUGAGUGCCGCUGCCGUACUUGAGACUCUGUACUUCUACGCUCUGGCCCACCAAAACGACUUUGACGUGUGUUGGCCACGGGGCUCCAUUGCGGAGCUCAUUUUCCAGCCCAUGGUGGAGCGGAUCAGGACUGCCGGCGGUCGAGUGUUGGGCAGUCGGCUGGUGACGGGGCUAUCAGUGGACCCGCUCACGGGGGAGGUCACAUCGGCUGCCAGCUACCCUGCUGAUGCGGUUGUAUUCGCGGUGGGCAUCAGCGGAAUGCAGAAGCUCGUGUCAGCCACCCCCGCACUAGCAAAACAGCCUGACUUUCGCAACAUCAUGGAGCUUCGAUCUUUGGAUGUUAUUGCUACACGCAUUUGGUUUGACCGUCGAGUACCCACCCGAUACCCAGCUAAUGUCUUGUCCGGGUUCGAAUCCACGGCGGGAGCCACUUUUUUCAACCUAAACGAUCUGCAGGACGAGUACCGCGAUGAGCCUGGCACCGUCAUUUCAGCGGAUUUCUAUCAUGCCAACAGCCUUCUGCCUCUAAGCGACCAGGAGAUUGUGGAGCGGGUGGUGUCUCACGUGGCCACUUGCGAACCGGGUUUUAAGGGUGCCAAGGUGGUUGACAGCAUCGUGCUCCGCUUCGCCCGAGCAGUCACCCACUUCAGCCCCGGCUCCUACCAGCACCGUCCCUUCCAAGCAACUUCUAUUCCAAACGUCUUCAUGGCCGGUGACUGGGUAAAGGGUGUUCCCCACGGCGCCAACGGGCUGUCCCAGGAGCGUGCCUACGUCACCGGCCUCUCCGCAGCCAACCUAGUCAUGAGCCGGCUGGGGGGAGGGGGCCAGCCCGCACAGAUCCUGGAUGUGGAGCCCGACGAGCCGCACAUUGCGGCGGCACGGAGCACGGUGCGGGGGCUGCGGGAGCUGGCGGGGGCUGUGGGGCUGAGGAACCCCUUUCUGUAG